GAAAGAAGUGUAGCGUUAGUGCUUUGCUUAGCCGGUUCGUUAUUAGUUAAUGUGUAUGUUCAGUGCAUAUUUCGCGUUCUUUUUAGCAUAGCCGAGUACUUCGUAGAUUAUCUCAGUUAUAUUAUUAAUUUGAAAUAUCUACAUUCAACUAGUGAAUUUAUGUAGUUUUAUAAAAGACAUGUUGACGACAUUUCCAGUUCUUAAUACGAGUGUGCGUUUAAAUAAUAAUUGAUCGAUAUCGAUACGAUACGCCUUCAUCUUCAUCAUCAUUCUGUUCGUAAUCACUGGUAUAUUAUUUUAAUAAUAAUAAUAGUAAUUUCUCGUGUGCAGUAUUUUACUAAUCUGCAUCGCAUUCGUCGUGUGUAUUUUGUCAUGUAAAAGUUUCAUUAUCGCGAAUACGUUACGGUAAUCUUGGUUCUCAUUCUUCGAUUAUCUCGAGAUAUAUAUUCGACUGAAUUGUAUUAUUAACGUGCGAAAAGUGAUCAUGGAUAUAUUCGGAUUCAGCCUGGAGCCGGAAUUCAAUUCAAAAAUGGAUUCGUUUUCCUCGGUCAAGUCACUCUACGAUGUGGAUGUCGAAUCAAACGAACUCAAUGAUAUUUGGGAUAACGAUCUAGCUACGGAUAUCGAAGAAGCAUUAAAGGUUGAAGAUGAUUGUUGGAGCGCAGAAGGGUUACUCGAUGUUAAACCACAAGUUGUGUUGCACGAUAGACUCAUGUCAGAUGCUGUACUCGGUGGAAACGCGCCAAUUAAAACUGAACACUCUUAUUGUACGAGGAUUUUCAACGCAGACGAAGAUAAUUCACAAGAUUCGAAUAGUACAACCCUUCAUAAAAUACAAGAUGACAUCAGCGACGAAUGUUACCCAGCUAUUUCACUGAAAUUGUCUGCUGGCCAAGCAAACGAACGUGAUACAAGUUCGCCAAUUAUUAUGAUUAAAGAUGAACCUAUCAGUGAGUCGGAUUCACCUCCUUCAUCAUGCCCGCCCUCACCAACGCCGGAAGUCGUCACAACAUUGCACAGAAAUAGAUCGGAAAAAAGGAAAGCAACGAAACAAGAUUCAGAACGUUCUAGAAGUGGGCUGCUGUUAAGAAACGGACUUAUAAGUCAGCAGAGCAACAGAUUAAUCAUGUCUCACCUUAACAUUAAGAUAGAGCCGAAUUCGACAGGGUUUACACUGCCACCAACUCCUCCAUCUUCCACAUCGAGUGACAGCGAAGCAGGCAACGUAUCUCCAGAACGGUCAUCGUGUUCGCCGGCCAGACGAUUAUUUCUAUCAUCUUCCAGUACCAGCACCAGACAACCUAUUCAAACACCUUUAAUAAGCAGUCAACCGAAAGGAUCAACAGGCGUAUUAAUGUUGACUGAAGAAGAGAAGAGAACGUUGCUAGCCGAAGGGUACCCGAUUCCUACCAGGUUACCUCUGUCAAAAGCUGAAGAAAAAUCAUUAAAGAAAAUCAGACGAAAAAUUAAAAAUAAGAUCUCAGCACAAGAAAGUAGACGGAAAAAAAAGGAGUAUAUGGAUGCUCUUGAACGAAAAGUCGAACUACUUUCUUCUCAAAAUACAGAAUAUAAAAAAAAGAUCACAAAUUUAGAAGAUACCAACACCUCGUUAUUAAGUCAAUUACAAAAGCUUCAACAAUUAGUUGGAAUGCAGACGCUACAAACAAAUAAUGUUGCAUUUAAAAACCAUUCCACUUCAAAAAGCCAUAAAUAACUUAAGUACAAGUUAGCCGGCAAAUUUUCACCAAUAGUAAAUAAACUAGUUAAUGGUUCCAUUUUGCUUGAACCGACAUUUUGUAAUCUACUAGUCUCUUUUUUUCUCUGUAAUUUGUUUUCAUUUGGAAGCGUUUUAAUAAACGCUCAUCCGAACGGAUCUACGAAUUAAAGGUUCAUGACGAUCCGAUCCAAAAAAAAACACACCAUAGGAAACUUAAAAAAAUUAUAUUUCAUAAGUUUAUCGCAUAAGGAUGUUACAAAUCUAACGACUUAGGUUGUUUCAUUUAGUAAAAAAAAUCUAGCAUUUAAAAUAUUCUAUAAGUAUACCUCUAGUGGCUAAUGAUUCUCCCUUUCUCCGUCUUCUAUACCUACGAUAUAUACCUAGGUUCGCCCCUUUACCCCCUUCCCCUCUCCCCUCGCCCCCUAUUUUAUGUAAAUAAACGUCCAUUAUCUUCCACCACCACCACCAAAAAAGAAAAACACAAUUUUUUUUGUACAUACUUUACAGUGCAGCCUACCUGGGAAAAUUUUAAUUAGAAAAAUCCAAACGACUGUUAGCAAAUUUUUAAUUGUUGAUUCGAGGGUAGGUUUGUUGUUGUUUUUGUUUUUGUUUGUUUUUUUUUGCCUUAUAUAUUUUACGCUACCUAACGUGUUAUUAUUUAUGUACUUGUGUUUUUUUUUCUCUUCAUUCCAAAACUUGUGUUUUUUUUCGUAAUGUAUUACGUUCCAUUGUUGUUUUUUUUUUUUCGAUAUUAGGGGAAAAAAUCAUUCCAGUAAUGUUAAUUGAAUUUUUGUUUAAGAUUUCUUAGUUACUUUUUAUCGCCAGAUUUUUAUUUUAAAAAUCCUUAGCUACCAUAUUGUAGUAUACCAAUUUUAAAAUUAGGUAAUUGAAAUUUUAUUUGUUUUUUUUUUACCCUCGGGUUCGUUGACUCGAUGGUAUAUUUAUAUAAAUUGUUUUUACCCCGAAAACAGGGUGGUAUGAUGUGAAAUUUUAUUUAUUUAAUACCUAGAAUUUUUUUUGAGAAAAUUAUGUUAAUUUUUUUCUAUGUUAGAAAAUUUUGUUUGUUCGUUUGUGUUAUUUUGAUGACUAUGAGCGUUGCGAGUUUAUUUUUUAGGCAUUUAUUUAGCGAGUACUAUUUUUUUUUUAAAAUAAAUUAUUAUGUAAAUUUUAUCGUCGAAAAAGAGGGAAUUGUGAAGAAGUAUGAAAAAUAGGUCUACUUUUCAAAAAAAAAAAAAAACUAAAUCUUCGCUUGCUUGUUUUUUUUUAUUUUUAUAUUUUUUAUUUACUACAAAUUAUUACGAUGAUCUGUGUUAGAUGAAAUUACGAAACUUUCAUUCGUCGGAGAUGAAGAAAAAAAACCCUAAUUAGAAACAAGCAAGCAAACGAGAAACUUGAAUUGGUAAAAAAGUAAACGUUAAUUGUUUUGUUUUCGAAAAUUUUCGAGUUUUGUCUCAAAUUAAUUAUUUAAUUGUACCUAACGAAAGUGUUGAUAACGAAGAUGGUACAUAUCUUACCUAUCCAAAUUUUUUAGUUUUAUUUCAUUUUUUUUCUUUUUGUUUAAAUUUAUAUAGUAUGUAAUUUUAAUUAUUUUUUCGUUUGAAUUUACUUGUGAUAUUCGAGCUUAUACUGAUUUAAAAUGAAAAAAAAAAAAUAAUCGAUGAGACUGAUACGCUUUUGCAUUUGACAUGUUCAUCCGGAAGUGUGUUUACAUUGUUACUAAGAUAAUCGUAGAUCUAUUUACUUUGUAGCUUAUUUUGUACGAGAUUCAUUUUUCCUCCUUUUUAUUUUUUCUUCUUCGCUUCAACAUCGAUGAACGCACAAAUUUUUUUUUCAACAAUUCAUCCGAAGACCGAAGACAGCUCACAGCAGGGACCGUGAUAUUGUUCGAGAAGAUUGUUUUUUUCAACAGCCAACCUUUCACACACACUUGUGAUAAUUUUGUCGUAUUCUUGUUAUCAUUUUUGUUAAUUGUAUUUUUUAUAAUAAGGAGCCAAAUAAUUUAUAAUCUGGACUGAAAUAAUUUCAAUGUGGUAAAUGAACGUUGGACGUAUUUUAUAUUAUAUUUUUUUCCUUUUCUAUUACCUACCUAAAAGUAUAAUGUUUACUUUUUAAACCGUAAGUAAUUUUAUUGUUGAUUGGUUAUACAUACUAAAAGUGCAAUACGAUUUUAUCAACUGGUAUGAUAUUAAUUUUUACAAGUGAGAGUUACACGAAGAAGAAUGCUUACUUACGUGUAGUUUCGUAUAGUCGCUCGGAUGGCUUGUGUAAUAUUAUUGUUAAAAGACAUUUUACCAUUUUAAAUUUUCACUUGUUUUUUUAAUUUAUAAUAUUUUGUUUUUUUUUCUCCAAGUCAAACCAUUGUAUACUUUAGGAAUGUAUUUUAUUUAUUUUGUAAACCAUUUUUUUCUUUUGGGAAAAUGUACGAUUAAUGUUCCAUUCUGUUUAAAAAAAAAUUGUAACUUUAAAACUUUCAUAAUACGUUUAGAAAAAUCAAUUUGUUCGGUUGCUGUGGCGUAGGAAGAAAAUGAUUACUCGGUGAGCCCCCCCCCUCUCACCGUUCGAUUUUUGAUAUUUUUAUUGCAUUUUUUCUGAUCUGUAAUCAUUCGAAAAUUUGUGCCCUUUUGUCAAAAGUUGAUCAAGUGUUGGAAAUUGGUUGCUCGCGGUGAUCAGACUUUAUUGUCACACUUUCCUCUUCCUGGGCCACAUUCGAUGAUCAGUUAGAAAUUUUUCUUUUGAAAUUUUGAUUUUGUUGCGUUCAGGUUCGAUGAAAUAAUUUCAAGCUCGUUUUAAACCAUAUUGUAAAUAUCAGAAAAAUUGAAAUUUUAAUCUAUUCUAAAAUCUAAAUUGAGAAUUUUUCCAAUCCGAACGUAUAAUUUUUUGCUCUUCGAGACCAAUAAUGAAAUCGUAUCCGUAUUAUGUACUUGAAAAAAAAAUACGCUUGCAAAAAAAAAAUAAAAAUCUAGGUAAUAAAAUGUAGAAAACCUUGUGCGAGAUAUGCAAAUUGAUUGUUUAUUUAAUUGUUAGUAUUUAAUUCUUGGUUUUAAUUUAUAUUAUUCAGUUUAGUUUUUAUUUUAGUGACAAUGAUUUUAUGUUUAUUUGCGUAAUGUAUUUAUAUAUUAUUUAAAAGGAAACUAAUUUUAACUGGCAAAAUUUUAAGUUAUUCUGCGCUUUUAAUAAGGUUGCAAUCUUAUCGAUUACUAUUUUAAAAAAUUUUGAAAAAAAAAAUGUUAUGUUGGGCUGGCUAGACUGGCUGCAGUAUUUUGUUUGAAUAAAGUUUACUGUAAUGA